AUUAUAAACACCCAGAUGUCUGUUACAUCAUUGAACUUCUUCGCUAUACGUACAAUAUGAUCGAUAAAAAAAUACCACAACGAGAAAAUUCAGAACGGGAUAUUGAUGUGAUUUUUAAGAAUCAUUUGUUUUCUUGUUUUGAUGACAUUAUGGAUUUGCAUUUUGGGGAGGUAGUCUCUAGAGCUUCACGACAACGCCGUACUCAAGCAAUUGAUGCUUCUGAUAAAGCAGAAGGUUAUCAUCUAGAUUGGCUUUUUACGAAACAUGAUCUUGCAAAAGAUCUUACUUGGGGGCGAGAAUUUUCUCUGUGUGAAAGAGCAGGGUCCAAAAUUGAAAACGGAAGAAAAAUACUUAAUAAUACACUCAAGGUGCAAAAAACACUCCGUGACAUGCAUCAGACGUUAUUAGAAACCUUGUCUAACGCAGGUGGUGGUGCUUUGCCUGUCAAGGUUGUUCAAGGUUUCCGAAAACUGCUUCUGCCCGGAUUUAUCUCAUCUCGAUUUUUUAUUCGAGUUUUGUUAAACGUAUACAUUGGCGGCAAAUAUUAUGGAUCCAUCAUUCUAGCAGAAUUUGAUAUACCCACUCAAUUUGAUGAAAUGAACAAGAUUUCAACAAUAGCAUGGAUGAUGCUGCAGGUUAAAGAAGCCUCCAAGAAGAAGAAGUACUCUGUAGAAAACGUAUUGGUGUCAUCAAGAGUCAAAGAGCAUGUGUCUCCUAAGAAGCAAAAAGUUUAUAAAACUAAGAAAUGA